AUGACUCCCCCUGAUGUGGACAUUGGCUACAAGCUGCUGGUGGGUACUACCGUCACCUUUGUAAGUGCUUGUGUGGUGGUGGUGCUCCGUGCAGUGGCACGGAUUCUCUAUGCAAGUUUGGGUUGGGACGAUUACAUGAUGCUAUUUGCGGUGGCUCAAGCAUUAGUCGCCACGAUAUGUGAUUUUCUUGCUGUUAAUCAUGGACUUGGACGUCACAUGGUCUACUUGACCAAGAAGCAGAUACCUCCCCUGAUGUUCUGGGACUAUCUCGGGCAGGUGUUCUGUGUAAACGCCUUGACUUUUGCGAAAAUCUCCAUCUGUCUCUCUUAUCUACGUAUCUUGAGAGGCUCACAUCAACGCACUCUGCGCGUUCUUUGUAUAGUCACGGCUGUCUUGGUAUUUGCUGUCAACACAGUCGUUAUCAUGUCCUUCUAUGCCCGCUGCAACACCACACAUAAGUCUUGGGACCCAUACCUGCCAGGCACCUGCUGGCCGGCAGCCACCGAGACAGGCUUGGUGAUCUUGCAAGGAUCAUUUUCGGCGCUGACGGACUACUUCCUGUCGGCCGUUCCCAUCUUCCUCUUUAAGGACCUACAGAUCAGUCGGAAGAACAAAAUCGUUCUUUGUGGACUCAUGAGCUUGGGUGCAGUCACAGGUAUCUUUGCGACAAUUCGUACGGUCGAGUCCGGGGAAAGUUUGACAGGGUCAUCAGCUUCGGACUCAACAUACACUACCGUCAUGGGUCUGACCUGGGCUGGAAUGGAGCGCAACAUCGCCAUGAUGAUAGCUAGCGUCCCUCCGUUGCGCCCAUUGGCAGAGCCUGUCGUCCGGCUUACCAGUAACACCUUCUCUAACCUGAUAUCUUCCCGUCGUACCCAGAACAGCUAUGAACUGGGCUCGCAAGCAACAAUACAAAGCCCUGGUCUCGGGACACCCUCGAAGCAUUAUGCUUCUGCUAAGCAGGCGGCACUUGCCAAGGAUGACCGCAGUACGAGCCUCGAACAUAUCCUCCCACCUCAGGUCAACACUACCUCGGUUGUUUAA